AUCUGCCCCGCCCCGUGAUGGCGGCCGGGAACGGCGGGAAGGUUGCGGUUAGGGCUGCCAAAUUGCCUCGGGCUGAGCCCGCCCACGUCGUAGCUGUUAGUGCGCCGUGCACAGUUUGUAGACUCUUAAAAACAGGCUGUGGGCAGCGAAAUAGCACGAGGAACACUCGAAGGUAAAGCUCAUCGCUGGCAGGAAUCGGGCUACGGAGGCAGCGACGCGAGGCUGCUCGGAUCGCGGUGCGAAGCGUUCCCUUCCUCGGGGCUGCGGUAGGCGGGGCAGAUCCCGAAGGCAUCGUCCUCAGCUCCUUUCCAGACAUCACCACGAGACCAACUGCUGCCAAUGAGCAGCGCGGCCACGCGCCUCCUGCAGCCUGCGAGGCACGGCUCGGCUGCGUGGCUGAGCAGCAGCUCCACGCGCUGUGCGAGGCCCCCGAGACUUGUGCUGGGCAUCGAAACCAGCUGCGAUGACACGGGUGCGGCGGUGCUGGACGAGGCGGGCAGGGUGCUGGGAGAAGCGCUGCAGAGCCAAAAGGAGGUGCACCUGAAAGCAGGUGGAAUAAUUCCUCAUGUAGCACAACAGCUUCACAGAGAAAACAUCCAGCAAGUAGUAAAGGAAGCGCUUAGUGCCAGCGGAGUUUCUGUAGAUGAACUUGCUGCUAUUGCAACUACAGUGAAACCAGGACUUGCGCUGAGCCUGGAGGUGGGACUGCAGUACAGCUUACAGCUGGUGGACAGGUACCAGAAGCCUUUCAUACCCAUUCAUCACAUGGAGGCUCACGCACUUACCAUCAGACUGACAGAGCAAGUGGAAUUUCCCUUCUUAGUUCUUUUACUCUCCGGAGGUCACUGCAUCUUGGCAGUAGCACGAGGAGUUUCAGAUUUCCUUCUGCUUGGACAGACCAUAGAUAUAGCACCAGGUGACAUGCUGGAUAAGGUAGCAAGAAGGCUCUCUUUAAUAAAGCACCCAGAGUGCCACGGCAUGGCUGGGGGGAAGGCAAUAGAGCACCUAGCUCAAACUGGAGACUGGCAAAGGUACACAUUCAGACUUCCCAUGCAGCAGUAUCGUAACUGUCAUUUUUCUUUUUCUGGACUUCAGAGCCUUGUCAACAAAUCCAUUAUUCAGAAAGAAAAAGAAGAAGGUAUUCAAGAGGGUGAACUCCUGUCCUGUGUUAAGGACAUUGCUGCAGCUGUACAGCAUGUAGUGGCUGCUCAUAUUAUCCAGCGGACACACCGAGCCAUGCUUUUCUGCUUAAAAAAUAGCAUUUUACCACCAAAAACUGCAACUCUGGUCGUAUCAGGAGGGGUUGCAAGUAAUCAGUAUAUCAGAAAAGGCCUGCAAACUCUGGCAAGUGCAAAUGGUUUUGCUUUUCUGUCUCCUCCUCCAAGACUGUGCACUGAUAAUGGUGUUAUGAUUGCGUGGAAUGGCAUUGAAAGGUUGCACGCAGGAUGUGGUGUUUUGUACAGUACUGAUGGCAUCCGCUAUGAACCAAAAGCUCCCCUUGGAAUUGAUAUUUCAAGAAGAGUUGAAGAGGAUUCCAUUAAAGUGCCAAGACUAAAGAAGACUAAAGAAGAUACAAUGGUCAGCAUGUGAAGCACAGAAGUAAUACAAUAAAUGCAGCUAAAACUUGUUCACUGCAACAGCACUGAGACAGUUUUCAUGUACUGAUUUUAUGUGGCUUACAAGUGUUGAAGUAACACCCACCAGAGAAAUAAAAACAUCCCCACGUGGUAGCUGUGCCAAUACAACUGAGUUUCAACAGCACCUACUUUUCUCUGCUAGUGAAAGAAGAUAAUUCCUACUCACUAGAAUUAAGAUCUGGGGUUAAAUCACUAGCACUAAUUAAUUUAUUUUUUUUAAAGUAAAAAGAAUAACAGUUUAGUGUAGGUAAGAGGACAAACAAGCUGUUAAGAUGCAAACUCCGGGUUUUGAUGCUCGUGUUAUUUCACCUUGCCUUUUGACAAUCUGUGCUAGAUGAUUUCAUUACUCAUCACAUAGGUUUUAACUGGAAUAAAUACAGCACUAAGCCUGUUUAUAUAUAAACCAAUUUUAUAAAAACAUCUCUUGAAUAGAAGCUUCCUUUCUAUACAUGUUCUUCAGAGUGCAUUAAUAUUUAACUUACAUAAAGCACCUGUGUAAGUACAGUAUGCAGUACCACAAAUGAGGCUGCCAUGUUUGUCUGUCUUGUUGAAAUUCAUUGACAAAAUUCUGGUUUAUUUUUCCAUCUCUGCUGAAGUUAUUCAUUAGGUGGGUAACUGCUUUGUUCCUGCAUACUACUUACAGCAGAUUGUGAGCAGUCUGGAAGCUCCACUCAGUGGCUGGGGCUGUACAAACAUAGAAGAAAUACAGUUCUUAUGCUUACUUAAAAUGUAUUUUCUUAGCAAGUAACCAUUUCAUCAAAACAAAAUGUAUUAUUUAAGUUCAUACAAGUUUUUGGUACUUUAGCAACAAGAUUCAAAAAACAGACAAAAUUAAGAUUGAUAAAGAGAUGUACACAGAGUUGAUGAAAGUAUAAUCAAGAGAAGAGACAGAAAGCAUCCACAGAAGUCAGAACAAAUGCAAGAAAAUAGGCCUCCAAUACUAGCUGAUAAGAAAAAGCAGAAGUCUUUAUUAUAAUGGUAAUUCAGCAUCACUUGCUCAGAACCACAUCUCUCCAGGAGGUGGAGUAACAGCCGUAGAUAAUGCUUCAACCCAACUUUAACUUGUAAAACCUUAAUCGUCUUUCUGCAUCAGAGCAAGUCUUAGUUUUUUUAUUUUACUUCUUCAUACCAUGGAUACUUAACUAUUGAAUAAUUCCAUCAACCUGUAUGGUGAUGACGUCAAGUGCUUUCUUGAAUCUCUCCACAAGCAGACUAAUGGAAAAAGCUGUAUGGGCAACCAGCACACCAGGAAUUCUGUAUCACAAUACCCUGUAAAUACCUUUCUGAAGAGCCAUUUCUGGUAGCGUGGAGAUUAUCUUCUUGAACUUGGGCCUAGAAGCCAUGCAUCUGUUGUGGCUGGACCAUAACAGCAGUUAUGCCUUUGGAGCCUUCUGCAAACAUACUAGACUGCUAGAUACUUUUUUUAAAUUCAAAAGACAUCUAACGCCAGAUGAACCAAAUGUAGUUGUGCUCUAGGCCACUUAAAAGACAUUUUUGCUAAUCAAGUAACAAAUUCAUGUAGAUAUUCAAGAAAUAUUAAUUUUAAUAUCUGCAACUUUAUAUAAUAUUCAUUUUAUAAUGUUAUUGCUCCUAAACUGAAAUUGUUACUUUCUAAAUUAUUUGGAGGCUGAAUUGUAAGACCAUCAGAAUAAACAAAACUCUUCCUCUUACAAUACAUCCUGCAAAUCGCUGUUCCAAUUAAAAGUGAAGACAGAUGCAUGCUUAACUGCAGCCUGGAUGUUAUAAUAAGGGACAGUUACUCUUAAUCACAAAUUAGUUUCUCACGUUUACAAGGAAUAAGUAAUAUCUUUCUUAUUGCAAAUGUUUGCCUGCAUUCAAGUACAUGCACUACCACAUCACUAUUUCUAGUAUAGAGGAUGCAUCUCACAUUGGAAGAAAUAGAGAAUGAGCAAUGCAUGAUUUGCUGGCAAUUGCACAAGCCUUAGCCAUGUUUUGGGAACAGAAAUUGAAGCUGAAGAACGAUAGACAUACUAAAAACAACAGAACAUACAGAAAUGUUAAGUCCAGCCAUCUAUUCUUUCACAAUAGAGGUAAGGAUAGUGAGUGGAACAAGUUCCUCAUUCACUGGCUGUUAGGAAGUAAUGCUAGUAAUGCUCUGCACACAGUUCAUCAUCUCAAAUAAGCUCAUAGGGCAGCUGACCUGCAGAUACCUUGCAGCCCUGCACUGCUAGCAUGUACACAAACAGGAAUGCCUUGUCUUCACCCCAUGCUAACCUUCAGGAUAUCGUUACAAUGCAUGGAACAUCAUCAGUUUAUGUCACCUCAUGAGUCAUUCUGCUUUUAAAGUUAAACAAAUCAAGUAAACACAAAAUCCAUCAUUAGGUUUUAUCUUUGUUAAAUGUUUGAAUUGUACAGUUGUUAAUGCAACAAUCAAGUUGCUGUCUUUGCAUCUGCGUGCCUCACACUUCCACUACAUACUGAGUCCUGAUGAAAAUUAGUCCAACUUUUAUAUCCAUGUAUGCUGACAAGUGCUGUGCUAUUUGACAUCUACACAGCUGAAAGGUUUAGCCAGCAAAUUCCACCAGCCAUCUCUCAAAAGUCCAACAGGUUUCUUAACCUUAGAAGGGCAUACCUGAAUCCACCAAUGCUUGCAGCGAUGCUGUCAGGGAACGUACUCGUUUUUCAGCUGGCCCAGCAGUUCAGUGGGAAGCUCUGUGAGGUAGCAGUUUGUCUCUGCUUAAAGCCAGCCAACUAGGGGACAUGGUGAAGUUGUGCUGCUUGCUGUUGUCACAGCAAAGGCACAAGCGUUUUCCUGCACUGCCACGUUUGACCACUAGGUUGCCUCAUCAGCUCAUUCAGCUCCAUGUAACACUUUUGUCAGGCCUGAGUAUCCCUCAAGAAUAUUCUGCAGUAUUUAAAAUGCAAUAUUUCGAGAUGCUAUUAACAACAAGAACAGAAUAUUAUUUAACCAAAAAGUUACAGCACUAUUUGCAAGUAACCACUACAUUUCCUAAGGACAAGAUAAAAACACAAGCAUUACUGCAGGUUCCCCUGGUAUGUAGUCUUUUUUUUUUUUCCCCUUACAGAAACAAACAUUUGGCCAAGAAACUGCAAAUCAUAGUGAUAACCAUACUUUAAGGAGUAAUGAUGAAUUUAUUGUUUAUAAGUAAUAGGUUAAACUGAAAGCAAAAAUGCUAAAACCAAAUUGCAUGGUGUCAAGUAAUAGCACAACAGUGACAGCAGAGCAGCAAGAUCCCAGGCUGCAGCGAGCAAGGAUUUGCUCAAACCCAACAGCAACACACAAAGAAAUAAGGGAAAGAAGCUGCUUACCUUCAGAAGGUCUCAGGUACGCACGGACCUCCAGCAAGAUGCCAUCACCUCCACUGCCAGCCCUUAAAUGAGCUCUGGGAAGGGGUGGAUCCUGGCCCCACUCUUCCUUUCGCUCAGAUACAUUGCAUGAUACAUUGCAUGCACCUGAGCUCCCCAAGUCUGCCCUGCCUUCCCACCAGAUGCUCCAUCACUGUUUCAGGUCAUGGCUUGACAACUACACAUAGUUUCCUAAGGCUAAUACCUCGAAAACCAAAAGGUUAAGUGUGAUGCAUAGGGGGCAGUGGCCCAGGACCCUCAGCUCUCAGUGGCUCUAGCAAUCCAGGUCAGCUCUACACCGCAUUCUCCCUUCUAAAACCAUAACCUGACAGAGUGGAGGAUUCAGUAGGCACUUAGCUGAGGAAGGGGGAGAAGAAAUGCCAAUCUCUGGCUAUCCUCUGCUCUACAGAGACCAGCAUUCCCUUCUCCCC